GGGCCAAUGGCGCGCGGCCCUACCGGCGGCGGCGCCGAGCGGAGCUGUGGCGAGUGCGCGGCCGAGCAGGAGCGGCGUGGUGGGGCUAUGGACCGCGUGAGCAGCUCCAUGCGGCAGGCGGCCAACCCGCUGCCCAGAGUGCUGAGCCGGCGGGCGGGCGGCGGCGGCCUAGAGGCGGAGCGGGAGAACUUCGAGCGUGCCCAGACUGUCAGCAUCAAUAAGGCUAUUAAUACACAGGAAGUGGCUGUCAAGGAGAAACAUGCCAGAACAUGCAUCCUGGGCACACACCACGAGAAGGGGGCACAGACCUUCUGGUCAGUGGUGAACCGGCUGCCGCUCUCGGGCAAUGCUGUGCUCUGCUGGAAGUUCUGCCACGUCUUCCACAAGCUCCUCCGUGACGGCCAUUCAAACGUCCUGAAGGACUCUGUGAGGUACAAGAAUGAGCUGAGUGACAUGAGCAGGAUGUGGGGCCACCUGAGUGAGGGCUACGGACAGUUGUGCAGCAUCUACCUCAAACUGCUGAGAACCAAGAUGGAGUUCCACACCAAGAACCCCCGGUUCCCCGGCAAUCUGCAGAUGUCUGACCGGCAGCUUGACGAGGCAGGAGAGAACGAUGUCAACAACUUCUUCCAGCUGACAGUGGAAAUGUUUGACUAUCUGGAGUGUGAGCUGAACCUCUUCCAGACGGUGUUCAGCUCCCUGGACAUGUCACGCUCUGUGUCGGUCACUGCGGCAGGGCAGUGCCGCCUGGCCCCACUCAUCCAGGUGAUCCUGGACUGCAGCCACCUCUACGACUACACCGUCAAGCUGCUCUUCAAGCUCCACUCCUGUCUACCAGCCGACACACUGCAGGGCCACCGGGACCGCUUCCUGGAGCAGUUCAGAAAGCUGAAGGACUUCUUCUAUCGCUCCAGUAACCUGCAGUACUUCAAGCGUCUGAUUCAGAUCCCGCAGCUCCCAGAGAACCCGCCCAAUUUUCUGCGAGCCUCGGCACUGUCGGAACACAUCAGCCCUGUGGUGGUCAUCCCCGCUGAGGCAUCCUCACCCGACAGCGAACCUAUCACGGACCUGGUGGAAAUGGAAACAGCAUCACAGAGCCUGUUUGACAACAAGUUCGAUGACAUCUUCGGCAGCUCGUUCAGCAGCGACCCCUUCAACUUCAACAGCCAGAACGGGAUGAACAAGGAUGACAAGGACCGGCUGAUUGAGCAGCUCUACAAGGAGAUUGGGGCUCUGAAGGAGGAGCUGGAGAGCUUCAAGGCCGAGAGCGAGCGGCGCAGCCUGCAGCUGCGUGGGCGCAUCAGUGAGCUGGAGGCCGAGCUGGCCGAGCAGCGGCACCUGAAGCAGCAGGCGCUGGAUGACAGCGAGUUCCUGCGCACGGAGCUGGAGGAGCUGAAGAAACAGCGGGAGGACACGGAGAAAGCACAGAGGAGCCUGACAGAGAUCGAGAGGAGGGCGCAGGCGAAUGAGCAGCGGUACAGCAAGCUGAAGGAGAAGUACAGCGAGCUGGUGCAGAACCACGCCGACCUGCUGCGAAAGAACGCAGAGGUGACCAAGCAGGUGACAGUGGCAAGACAGGCCCAGGGGGAUGUGGAGCGGGAGAAGAAGGAGCUGGAGGAUUCCUUCCAGCGGGUGAGCGAGCAGUCCCAGCGGAAGUCCCAGGAGCAGGCAGAGGUGCUAGAAACAUUGAAGCGGGAGCUGGCAGCCAGCAAGCAGGAGCUACAGGUCCUGCAGGGGACACUGGAGACCAGCAUGCAGGAGGGAGCAGAGCAGAACACCCGGAUAGCAGGCUUGGAGCAGGAGCGGGACAGCCUGAGCCAGGCAGCAGCGCAGCACGGCAAAGAGAUGGCAGCCCUGCAGGCUGAGCUGCAGCAGCUGCGGGACGCACUCAGCAGUGAGAAGGAGAGUAGCAGGAAGGAGCUGGAGACACUUCAGAUGCAGCUGCAAGAUAAGCAGGAGAGUGCAGAGCGGACCCUGCAGCAGCACCGGGCUGAGGAGCAGUUUGCCCUGCUGCAGAGCAGCGCACAGGAGGCAGAGCGCAUGGUGCAGGAUGCCCUCGGUCGCCUCGAGGACCCUGCUCACAUCAGUUGCACCGGCUCAGCAGAUUACCUCCUGUCCAGGACAUCGGCAGCCUCUGAGUGCAUCGAGAGGCUGCAGGACGCACACAGCAAAUACCUUGCCAACCGCACAGACGUGAGCACCCUGCUGCCCUGUGUGGCCCUCUUUGCCCACCUCAUCAGUGACACCAUCCUGCAAGGCAGCGCUACCUCCCACAUGGCCCCAAUGGAGCCCGCUGACCGGCUGCUGGAGGCAUGCAAGCAGUGCGGCAGUGAGGCCAUCAGCUACCUCAGCUCCCUGCAAGACCCAGGCAGCGUGGCAAGUGUCAAUUGCACUGCAGUGACCAACUGCCUGUGCCGGAUCAGCGCCAUCGGGGAGGAGCUGCGACCCAGAGGGCUGGACGUGGAGCAGGAGGAGCUGGGUGAUCUGGUGGACAAGGAGAUGGCAGCUACAUCAGCAGCCAUCGAGACCGCAGCCGCCCGGAUCGAGGAGAUGCUGAGCAAGGCUCGAGCUGGUGACACUGGGGUCAAACUGGAAGUGAAUGAGAGGAUCCUGGGCUCCUGCACCGGCCUCAUGCAGGCAAUCCAGGUGCUCGUCCUGGCAUCCAAGGACCUGCAGCGAGAGAUUGUGGAGAGCGGACGGGGUGCAGCGUCCCCCAAGGAGUUUUACGCCAGGAAUUCUCGCUGGACGGAGGGCCUCAUCUCCGCCUCCAAGGCUGUGGGCUGGGGAGCAACCGUCAUGGUGGACGCUGCUGACCUGGUGGUGCAAGGGAAAGGGAAAUUUGAGGAGCUGAUGGUCUGCUCCCACGAGAUCGCAGCCAGCACUGCGCAGCUGGUGGCAGCCUCCAAGGUGAAGGCAGACAAGGACAGCGCCAACCUGUCCAAGCUGCAGCAAGCCUCUCGGGGCGUCAACCAGGCCACGGCUGGCGUGGUGGCCUCCACCAAGUCUGGGAAGUCACAGAUUGAGGAGAAAAAUAGCAUGGACUUCUCCAGCAUGACACUAACGCAGAUCAAGCGCCAAGAAAUGGACUCUCAGGUGAGAGUGUUGGAGCUGGAAAACCAGCUGCAGAAAGAGCGGCAGAAGCUGGGAGAGCUGCGCAAGAAGCAUUACGAGCUGGCAGGAGUGGCGGAGGGCUGGGAGGAGGAUGGCACUGAUUAGCUGCCACAGCGGGAGCAGCCAGCAGCAGAGACCCCUUUUGUCAGCCAGGACCCAGCUUGGUGCAGCCUUUUCAGAAGACACACAAUAAAAUGGUGCAAAAUU